AGAACAAAUAUCAAACCCCAAAAGAAGUGAAGAUUUGGUGAAGAAGAACAAUGAGAAGCACUACUGCUACUACUACACAUGGGAUAACAAAACGCACAAGGCUCAUUAGACUUGUAGGAAGAAGCUUGUUGGGAGUAAUAUUCCUUGUUGCUCUUGGAAUGAUCAUAUGUUGGCUUGUUGUCAUCCCCAAAACCCCACGUCUCAUUGUGGAAACUGGCAAAGUCGUAGUCCAUAGUUCAACUAUUAGUAUGCUCAAUGCCACCAUAGCAUUCACUGUCAAAAGCUACAACCCGAACAAAAGAGCCUCCAUUCACAUGGAUUAUAUGAGGAUGAUAGUCGAUAACAUGGGCGUGAGGUUUUCCUCCGCCAUCCCCUCCUUCACGCUCACGCCCAGAAACCAAACCGUCUUGUGGUCAGCCGUCCAAGUCAACUUUGAAUACCCAUUUGGGUACACGGAAGAGAUAAAUCCAGAACUACAAUUCUCAGCUGAAGUCAGUUACAGUGUCGAGAAAUGGAUGUCAAAACCUCGGUUGCUAGAGAUCUAUUGUAAUCACCUCUUGCUUAAAAUCAAUGAUUCAACAACAUUUGAUAAUACCAAAUGCAAAGUGGAUCUUUGAGAGAUUUGACGAUCUUGAUGCACAGUUAUUGCUGAAUAAUCCCAAAGAUAUCGUUUGUUACCCAAACUUACACUAUUUUUUAUUUUAAUUUAUUGUUUCUUUAUGGAUA